AUGUCAGACUGCAAGCAGUUAGUAGUUCUAGUAUUACAAGGAACAAAAUUCUCUAUUGAAGAUUGUCCAAAAUCUCCAUCUGAGACGGAGGACAUGGCCAAGGCACCUUAUGCAAGUGCAAUUGGCAAGCUAAUGUAUGCAAUGAUCUGUACAAGGCCAUACAUUGCCCAAGAAGUGGGAGUAAUAAGUCAAUUUAUGGAAAAUUUAAGAAGAUUGCAUUGGGGUGUUGUGAAGAGAGUGUUUAGAUGCCUGAAAGGAUGCAUUGAUAGUAGAAUAUCCACUAGUGGAUAUGUAUUCACAUUGAAUGGUGGUGCAAUCAGUUGGAUGAGCAAGCGGCAAGUUGUAUUCACUUUGUCCAGUACAGAAGCAGAGUACAUGGCAGCAACUCAUGCUUGUCAAGAGGCUGUUUGGCUUAAGCAUUUGUGUUUGGAUGCUGGUUUUAAUUCAAGAUAG